GUGCAAAGGAGUUGUCUCCUCCCAGUCCUGGAGACCUCGGCCUGGCAGAUCCACCGGACCUCCACCCCCUCCCCAUUUAAGCAGCAGCCUCGGAUCACUGGAUGGCCGCCCUGGCUCGCCGCAUGGCUGCCCAGCUCGCCGGCUGGCCCCGCCGCGGCCCUGGCUCCCAGCAUUGGCAGAUGGCAAGGGAAGGCGGGGCUCCGCCCGCUAAUUAGCUGGUGUUGCUGGGGGCAAGGCAGAGAGGGGGUGGCAGGGCUCGGGUAUUCCUGCCUCCGGAGCCAGCACAGUGGUGACCACUGCCCAGCGCCGGCCCCCCCUUCCCCAGCACUGGCUGCGGCCUCCCCUCCCACUGCAGCUGUCCCUGCCCUCCCCAUGUCACACGGGGUGCUGGUUCUUGUCUAACCGGCCUGCCUUUCUGUCAUCUUCUCCCCCCCUUUCUCCAUCCCUCCCCAGCAGCCCUGCAUCCAUGUGAAACCUGAGCCUGCUCCAGCCCUGCCCCUUGGCUCCACUCCUCCACCAGGCUCCUCUCCAUAAGACUUGCCGCAUUCCCCACCAUGGGUGACAUGAAGACGCCGGAUUUCGACGACCUCUUGGCAGCCUUCGACAUCCCUGAUAUUGACACCAAUGAGGCCAUUCAUUCUGGCCAUGAGGACACAGAUGGUCACAUCAAGCAGGUGCCUGGGGAGCCCGGCCCCCCUGACCAUGUCCUGCCCCAUGCGGACAUCACUGCGGUCAGCGUGAUCGUGAAGAACACUGUCUGUCCCGAGCAGCUCGACACCCUGGAUGGGCGCAGCAAGGAUGGACACAUCAUCGGGCCCCGCCUGCUGCAGAAUGGCUUUGGGGCCCCUGAGAUGCCCAGGUCCCCCACACCCAGGGCGGUGGAGACCGUGGCCUCCUCCAAUGGGGAGUGUUGGGUGAAGGAGAAAGGGGCCAAGCCCCUGGACAUCUUCUCCCACUUCAGCCCCGAUCCCAGCGAUGACAACGCAGCGUCAGACCUAAUCGACAGGCCCCGCGAGUGUAAGCCGAAGGAGAAGUCCCUCUCCGUGCCCUCCCUUUCUCCAUCACCCACCCCAUCUCCGACACCAUCACUGGACUGCAAAGAACCCAUGAGAGAGGGCACUGAGAGCCUCCCGCCAGCCUUCCCCCAGCCCUUUGAUCCCAGCCAGCCCAGGGGUGUGAACAGUUCCCCCUCUGCCCUCCCCUGCAUUAAGAAAGAGGAGUCGGACUCAGAGGAGGCUGCCCAGGACACCAGCCCCAAGGGCUUGGCUGCAGCAUUGGGUGACAGCCCUUUGGAUCACCUCAAGUCUGUCACAGUUCGCUACUCCACGGAUGAUUCCCCCAUCGCGUCCUGGCCCAGCUCGGAGCAGAACCUCGACAGCAGUGCCAGCAACAUCCCCGAAGUGAAGCACUCCCCCGCCAGCCCCCCAGAGCCUUUCUUCAAGCCUUCCCCCCCGGCUGCUGAGAGCCCACAGCCUCCCGCAUCUCCCAAGCUGCUGGGCAGCUGCUCUAUCAAGGAGGAGCCGGAGAUGCUAGAGAAGCCCAUGGGAAGUCCACGGAGCAUUUCCAGUGCUGAUGAGGACAUGGAAGACAACAACACAGAUUCCCCGUCCUCCAACUCCUCACGGCCCCUCAAAGUACGCAUCAAAACCAUCAAGACAUCCUCGGGCAGCAUCACGCGGACGGUCACCAGGAUUCCCUCGGAUUCAGAGCCCGGAGUAGUCAAGCUGUCCGAAGAGCAGGGUUCCCAGGAGGCUGGCAGCGAAGGCACUGUGUUCCCUGCCUCGGCUGACAAAGAGGAGGGGGCACUGGAGGUGCCAAAGGAGAAGCUGGAGCUCUCCAGCCCCUUGAAAACCAUUGAAGGGCCCAAAAUUGUCAGUGUCCAGCUGGGCGAUGGCACCAAAAUCAAGGGCACAGUCUUGCCCGUCUCCACCAUUCAGAAUGCCAGCAGUGCCAUGCUGAUCGCCGCCAGUGUAGCCCAGCAGAAAUCUGUGGUGCUCCCGGCAAAGACGGGCAAGGCCGUGGCCAAGAACAUCAUCAACCUGGUGCCUCAGGCCCUCCCCAAGGCGGACACAAGGUCCAACAUCAGCACAGUGACCCAGACCACCACCAUCACUACCACGGCCAACCAGAAGGUCAAUGGCACCACGGUGGUGAUGGUACAGCCACAGAAGCCUUCUCCGACCCUCGCUGGCACAGUCAUCUCCAGGAGUCAGUCCAGCCUGGUGGAAGCCUUCAACAAGAUCCUGAACAGCAAGAACCUCUUACCCACCUACAAGCCCAACCUGAACCCUCCGGCAGACUCCAGCCUGACUCUGCCGCCCUUUGGUUACCGCUGCCUGGAGUGUGGGGACGCCUUUGCCCUGGAGAAGAGCCUGGCGCGGCACUACGACCGGCGCAGCAUGCGCAUCGAGGUGACCUGUAACCACUGCACCAAGCGCUUGGUCUUCUUCAACAAGUGCAGCUUGCUCCUCCAUGCCCGGGAGCACAAGGACAAGGGACUCGUGAUGCAGUGCUCGCACUUGGUCAUGAGGCCCAUCGCCUUGGAUCAGAUGAUUGGCCAGCCCGACAUCACCCCCCUGGUCUCGGUGACUUCCCUCCCAGCAGGCAAAGUGGCCGGGGUGGCUCAGGAGGCUGUGGCCGUGGCCAAUGGGGCUCAGGACCUGCCCAUCUUGCCCCUGAGCAGCAGCUCAGAGCAAACGAGCUACAGCUGCUUCCGGUGUCUGGAGUGCAAGGAGCAGUGCAAGGACAAGGCCGGGCUGGCAGCACCCUUCCAGCCAGCCGGGGCUGCCGGCACUGCCAGCAGUACGGUGUGCCCGACGUGCCCCAUGAUCAUGCCCAACCGCUGCAGCUUCAGCGCCCACCAGCGGAUGCACAAGAACCGGCCGCCGCACGUGUGCCCGGAGUGCGGUGGGAACUUCCUGCUGGCCAACUUCGAGGCGCACCUCAAAGAAGCCUGCCUGCACUUCUCCAGGAGGGUGGGCUACAGGUGCCCCAGCUGUGCCGUGGUGUUCGGUGGCGUGAACUCCAUCAAGUCCCACAUCCAGACCUCGCACUGCGAAGUCUUCCACAAGUGCCCCAUCUGCCCCAUGGCGUUCAAGUCCGCCCCCAGCGCCCACGCCCAUGUCUACACCCAGCACCCGGGCUUCAGCAAUCAGCAGUCGAAGAUGAUUUACAAAUGCGCCAUGUGUGACACAGUCUUUACCCACAAGCCCCUGCUGUCCUCCCACUUUGACCAGCACCUGCUCAACCAGCGGGUCAGCGUGUUCAAGUGCCCCGACUGCCCACUGCUCUUUGCCCAGAAGCGCACCAUGCUGGAGCAUCUCAAGAACACUCACCAGCUGCAGAAGGCCAAGGAAGAUGUGGCCCGGAAGCCGGCUACCCUGCUCACGCCAAAGCAGGAGCCCGUUGAGGCCCCAGUCUCCAAACUGUCGGAGUCAUCGUCAUCAUCCUCAGAGGACGACGAGCCCCCCAGCUCCCCCGAGCUGCGCAAGACCAAACGCAGCCGUUUUCAGCGCAAGACGGACACGGCCAGCAAGUCCAAGGGCAGCGGCUGGACCUGUGGUGUCUGCCACUCCUGGUUCCCCGAGAGGGAUGAGUACGUGUCCCACAUGAAGAAGGAUCACGGGAAGUCAGUGAAGAAGUUCCCGUGCCGCCUUUGCGAGCGCUCCUUCUGCUCCGCCCCCAGCCUCCGGAGACACGUGCGCGUGAACCACGAGGGCAUCAAGCGCGUCUACCCCUGCCGAUACUGUACAGAGGGAAAGCGCACCUUCAGCAGUCGCCUCAUCCUGGAGAAGCACAUCCAGGUGCGGCAUGGUAUCAAAGUGACCGAUCAGACCCGGAGCCAGGAGGUCGUCAUCGCCCGCGUGGGCACUGGUGGCACCCAGGGGCCUGGCAGGAAACGGAAGCUGUCAUCAGACGACGGGGACUCGUGUAGCGAGGAGCCUGACAGCACCACACCACCAUCCAAGACUCCCAAGGGUGAGCGCCGGGCCCCCUUCCGGUGCCGCAAGUGCGGCUACCUGGCCAGCAGCGCAGCCGACUUCCAGGAGCACAUCCCCCAGCACCGGACAGACGAGAGCUCUCACCAGUGCCGGGAGUGCGGGCUGUGCUUCACCUCGCAGGUCUCCCUCAACCGCCAUCGCUUCAUCACCCACAAGAAGAAGAAGGGGGCGGCCGAAGCGGAGGUCCCCAGCCCUCGCAGCCCUGGGGAAGGGGGCACGGCCCACACGCCUGACGGCAAGCUGGCCUGCAAGGUCUGCGGCAAAGGCUUCGACAGCCAGCUCAACCUGAAGACACACUUCCGCACACACGGCAUGGCCUUCAUCAGGGCCCGCCAGAACACCAGCCCCGAGAACUAGGGGGCCAGGAGCCCCGGGGGCUGCUUCCUGCCUGCCCCCGGCACAAGCUGUGAAGAGAAGAGGGAUCCUUAUUUAUGAGCCUCGUCCGAUGCUGGCCAGGGCAUCCCAGAGCCCCCAGGCUUUGAGGGGCAGCGGCUGGGCAGGGUGGGGGGCCCUGUAUUGUCCAGUAGGGCUGCACCCAUGCAUGACAGGGACCUACUGUGCAGAGGGGACGCCAGGCAGCAAUGGGGCCAGCCAUGCCCAGCACCAGCCCAAAGGUUGCUGGUGUGCUCCAGCUCUUUGGGAGUCGGUCGUGUUCGGACUGGGCCAGAGCAGCCAAGGCCUCGGCAGUAGCUGGAGGUAGCUGUACUGCGCUCCUGCUCCAGCAUGGGAAGAACAUUGCUGGGGUCCUGGAAUGGCACCCAGCUGGGGUCUCGCAGCCCGUGCACAGCUCUGAUCCCUUCGCCCCGAUCCUCUCCGUCACACUGGCUCCCGGUGAGCUGAUGUCAGCCUGCCUGGGGCUGCGCAGAGGGCUCUCCUGUGGGCUACCCAAGCUGGCUCGCCUGUGAGACUAGACCCUCUAGUGAGAGGCAGGGCAGGGAGAGAAGCAGCCGUGGGGCCAGGUUGGUGUGUGCGGAGCAAGCUGGGCUCUGGCUUCGGCCUCACCUGCCCAGAGAGCCUCCCACGUCGUUUGAGGGGUGACGCGACCCCCCUGUGAUCCCUUUCUUUCCCCCUCUGUAACUUCAUCCCCCUCCAAAGAACAGGCUCCCAGCAGGCCCUACGGCACCAGACACGGAGGCACGCUUGGUCGCAGGGUUUGUCGACCUCCACGUUCUUCCCCUGAUGCACACACACAUUCCCCCACGUUCUCGUACACACCUCCCUGCCUCUCCCGGGAAGGUCCAGGCUUCCCUCCUGAACUGCGGGUGUGCAAUGGGAUCAGCUGUCCCUUUUCCUUCUCCCCUGUCCUCGCAGCCUGGCCCUGGGGCAAGUGGGCAGGAUGCAGUGCUGCUUCUCCACCCCAGCAAAGGGGGAGGCUGGGGGCCAAGAGCUCCGAUCUUGAAUCUGGGGGUGCUACGAGAGCCUGGACCCAGCAUGCAUCUGACCCCAGCUGUGCGCGCGGGCCACAGGAAGAAAACCCACUGUCGUGAAUUAUGUUGACCCUGGUGCUUAGAGUGAGCUAAGCAUCCUUAUUCCACCCCCCGCCCCUGGGGCCCCGAUCAGGGCAGCUGUCCCGGGGGCACCAACACACUUGAAUCAUGGUUGCGGGCACCACGAUGCCUGCAGAGUGCUCGCUGCAGUGAGCUGGCACCCGCCCCUCACCCGCCUCCCGGUCCGAGCCCCCGCCACGAUCACGUACAGGGUUCGGGAGCAUCUGAACUGCCCUGGCGGGCACGUGAAGCCAGGCAGGACAGGGACGGCGCCGGGUCCCUCAAUCAUGCUUGGGGAAACUUUUCUAUCGGUUCAGUUUGGGGGGGUUGUUUUUUCAUUUGUUUUUGGUUUGUUUGUUUUUUUGUUUUGUUUUUUUUAAAUCUUUUGGCUUCUGUGUUUCGGUUCGGGUGUUCGUGCGAGUGAUUAUGACUUCGGUAACUGAACGUGGGGCUCCUCUCUUAAAUUUUCUUGUGAACAACUAACCCGCUGUAAAGAUCUGUAACAUACACUAAGAAAAGAAAAAAUUACUGGUGUGAUUUUUUUUGUUUGUUUGUUUGUUUGCUUUUUAAUAUAUUUUUUCCCCCCUUUUAGAAGAGCAAUUUUUUCUUUUCUUUUUUUCCUCCUCUCCUGUGUUUUCUCCCACCCCCCUGCCGGCGGCCGCGUGGCCACGAGGAACAAACAGCACUGGCUUUUACUUUUGCUCGUCUCCCUUAAUUCCCAGCAAACCAGGGUUUGAGUGAACGUUUGCACCGUAGCAUCCGAGGCUUUAAAUAAAUCUCCCCCUGCCACCUCUCACUGUAACGGGAACCUGACGCUUUCGUCCCGCUCGCCUUCCCCAUCAGUAAGGACUGUCCCAUUUUAGUUACACUACCAGGACUCUAACCCAGCUGAAAUGCAAGGUAACUACAUGUCUGAUUUCCACCUCCCUCCGUAAUUGUUGUCUCCCAUCCUUACCCCCAUAUAUUUUUUUUUUUUUAAUGUAUUAGCUUGGGGCUGUGAAUGUGUAAAUGAUGUGUAAUAAUAUAGAAGAACCUAAAGUUUCUACCAGUUUUAGGAGAAAGGAGAAAAAAAGGCAACUCAAAACCAACGGCUUUGUAAUCGGAUUUUGUCCCAGACCCUCUCCAAGCACUUCA